AUGCAUGGUCAGCUGCGAGAGGGUCAUGUUUUUGGAAACCCUGAUGAUAAUUCUCAGGAUUCCGUUGAGUCGAUGGCGAUUGUCAGGAUUUUGGAUUCAAGCUCAGAUCUAUAUUUCUGUCUUCGCGACUUUUACCAUGAAGCUUUGAUAGGAUUCGAAGACUGGUCACGCAACUAUGUUGUCCGUUCGCUGUAA